CAGCUGGGUGCCCAAAGGAGAGAUGGUUGAGAACUGAAGAGAAGCGCUGCUGCGUACAAGGUUGCAUUGGGACUUUUGGAGGAGGCCGCUGACAUCAUGAGUGACUCGGGAAGCCUAGGCAGUGACUGCUCCAGGCCCAGUGCCAGAGCCAUUUAUGAGCAGAGGAAGAAGUAUUCCAGUAUUAUCAUGGCAGAUGUCUCACAGUAUGCCGUCAAUCACUUGGUGACCUUCUCCAUCGGGGACGAGGAUGACUUGGCAACUGUGGAGGAUGCCACCAGGAAACUAUCUGUCAUGGAUGCCCAAGGGAAGAUCUGGGUGCAGGAGAUGUUGCUUCAGGUCAACGGGUCAGCCGUCAAGCUCUUCGACAUAGACUCAAAGGAGGAGCUAGAGAACUACGGAUUAGCAGCUGUGGCUCGUUGUGAAGCCGUUCGCCCUGAGUCCCGAUCCCAGUCGCUGCUUCUGCUUGUGUGCCAGGAACCCCACCAGCUCAAACCAGAUGUCCACUUCUUUGAAUGUGACCAUGUAGGGGCAGAAUUGAUCCAGCAGGACAUUAAUGGAGCUCUGUUGGACUUCAAGUCAGGUGGAAAUGCUCAACGGAAGGAGGCACUUAGAGCCACCCAGAAUUGGCUUGGCAGCCAGACCAACAAGGCUCCGGAGACCCUCCCUCAGUCUCCUAAGCAGGUGCCCUCCAGGACAACGGUUAUCGUGCAAGAGCAAAGGGAGAAUGAUAUCUCGGCAGCUGAAUCUGACCUGGCCUUUGUUCAGUCCGAGCAAAAUGUGGAGCUGCUGAACCAUGUUUUUGAUGACGUGGAAGCCUUCAUAGGGAAGCUGCAGAAAUCGGCCGAAGCUUUCCGUGUCCUGGAUCAACGCAAGCGCUCCGCAAGGGGGCGUCGCCGGGCGCCAGGCGAGGGACUCCUGACCAUCCGAUCCCGGCCUCCUCCCCAAGAGGAGUUUGAAGAUGCUCUGGCAAAGAUGAAAUAUUCCUUCAGUCUUCUGGCAAGGCUGAAAUCGAACAUUGCAAACCCUACCUCAGAGGAGCUCAUACAUUUUCUCUUCAACCCCUUGAAGCUGGUGGUGGAGUCUUCGGGGGGACCGGCGUUCGCUUCUGAGCUGCGCAGCCCCAUGUUGACCCUGGAAGCAGUGACCCUGAUGCGAGGCUGCUUGGGAGACCAGGAGGCGGAACUGUGGUAUUCACUGGGUGAAAACUGGACCCGGCCAAGAGUGGACUUCCCCCGGGGCUACGCAGAUCCCUACAACCCAACUUUCCGGAGUGGCUGGGAGACGCCACGCCUGGACGCUUCUGGCCAGCCUUGGGAAGACCCAGUGGAGAUGCAGCACCGACACGAAGAACGUCGCGCCCAACAAUCAGCUCCCACAAUUGCAGCCAAUGGACAUAAACACCCAGAGAGCAAGUCUGUGAUCUCCACCCAUGACUUCACAGCCAGAAACAACAACGAACUCUCAGUAGUUCAUGGGGACAUGUUGCAGGUCCUGGAUGACAGCAAGAAGUGGUGGAAAGUUCAGAACCGCUACGGUCAGGUUGGCUACGUCCCUUAUAAUAUUCUUGCCCCAGUUCUAAACCACAACAGCACUCCUCAGGUCAACGGAACCAGCCCAGCAAUAUCCAAGAAAAGUCCACCUCAGCCGCCACCCAAGACCAAAGGUCUGUACACAAAUGGAAGAAAUUGGGCCAGCACAGAAGCACUUAACAUGGACCUGAGCGAGCGAGAGCGCUUCAACACGGUGAACGAGGAGCUCGCCCUGAGGCUGGCCAAUGGGACAACUAGCCAUAGCAGGAACCUUCACAUCCAGCGGGCUGAAGACACCAAUGUGCCUUUAGGAUACGAUUCAGACCCUGCUCAAGUUCGGACCUGGCUGGAGGCCAAAGGAUUCAGCCCAUUGACUGUAAGUGCCCUGGGGGUCCUAAGCGGAGCUCAGCUUUUCUCCCUGAAGAAGGAUGAGUUCAGAGCUGUCAGCCCAGAGGAAGGAGUUCGAGUCUACAGCCAGGUCACAGUCCAGAGAGCCCUAUUGGAGGAUUCUGGGAAAGUAUCAGAGCUAGAGGCUGUGAUGGCGAAACAGAAAAGGAAACUGGAGGGUUUGAAUCAGUAGAUGGGAGAUCGCCCCGUUUGGUGUGUUGAAACAUUGAGAAACUGCAUGGUAACAGGCUCUGAAGCCACACCGCCAUCUCAGACUUGACGAUUCCUCUCUCUCCCCACAGCACCCAAGACCUGCAUUCUACAGCAGCGUUUGUUUU